AUUCUACGGAGUACGUGUCCUUGACUUGAAUGAAGAGAAACCCACACGUUGACCAAUCAUAUGUCUACGGAUGUAAAUAAUUAACCAAUCAGCUUUCGACACGAAUCGUAGUAAGGGAAAAAAGACGACACAAUCGUUCACAUACGACAUAUCUGAAAGACUGGAAAUUGAAGAAGCGACAAGUUAGAAAAGAGAAAUAAUCUCUGAAGAAUUUGAAUAUCCAAUAAGCCUUCCUUAUAAUAGAGACACGCAGAAUGAAGUUGAUAGGAUUGAUAGCCCUUUUGGGUAUGAGCUGUGUUAUGGCCAAAGAUGAAGAACCUAAAAAGGAAAAGGAAACUGUUGGUACAGUCAUUGGUAUUGAUCUGGGAACAACUUACUCAUGUGUUGGUGUGUUCAAGAAUGGAAGAGUUGAAAUCAUUGCCAAUGAUCAAGGUAACAGAAUUACACCAUCUUAUGUGGCAUUCACUGAGGAUGGUGAGAGAUUGAUUGGUGAUGCAGCUAAGAAUCAGCUGACAACUAAUCCUGAGAAUACAGUCUUUGAUGUUAAACGUUUGAUUGGACGAGAUUGGGAUGACAAAUCUGUCCAAGCUGACAUCAAGCACUACCCAUUCAAAGUUUUUAACAGAAACAGCAAACCAAUCAUUAAAGUCAAUGUUGGAGAUAGUGAGAAGAGUUUUGCACCAGAGGAAAUCUCUGCUAUGGUAUUGGGAAAGAUGAGAGAUAUUGCAGAAGGCUUCCUUGGUAAAAAAGUAACAAAUGCUGUUGUCACUGUUCCUGCUUACUUUAAUGAUGCUCAGCGACAGGCCACCAAAGAUGCUGGUGUCAUUGCAGGUCUUAAUGUCAUGAGAAUUAUUAACGAGCCAACUGCUGCUGCCAUUGCAUAUGGUCUUGACAAAAGGGAAGGUGAAAAGAAUAUCCUGGUUUUUGACCUUGGUGGUGGAACUUUCGAUGUAUCAUUGCUGACCAUUGACAAUGGUGUGUUUGAGGUUGUUUCGACAAAUGGUGACACUCAUUUAGGAGGUGAAGACUUCGACCAGAGAGUAAUGGAACAUUUCAUCAAACUUUACAAAAAGAAGAAGGGAAAAGACAUCAGAAAAGAUAACCGUGCUGUCCAGAAACUUAGACGUGAAGUAGAAAAAGCAAAGAGAGCAUUGUCAUCUGCCCAUCAAGCCAGAAUUGAAAUUGAAUCAUUGUUUGAAGGAGAAGACUUCUCUGAAACUUUAACUAGAGCUAGAUUUGAAGAGCUUAACAUGGACUUGUUCAGAUCUACAAUGAAGCCAGUCCAAAAAGUAAUGGAAGAUGCAGAUAUGAAGAAAGAAGAAAUUGAUGAAAUCGUUCUUGUUGGUGGUUCUACCAGGAUUCCAAAGAUCCAACAGCUUGUCAGAGAUUAUUUUAACGGAAAAGAACCAAACAGAGGUGUAAACCCUGAUGAAGCUGUUGCUUAUGGUGCUGCUGUCCAGGCUGGAGUUCUAGGAGGAGAGGAAGAUACAGGGGACUUGCUCUUGUUGGAUGUCAAUCCUUUAACCAUGGGUAUUGAAACCGUAGGUGGAGUCAUGACCAAACUUAUCCCAAGAAACACUGUCAUUCCAACAAAGAAGUCUCAGGUAUUCUCUACUGCUGCAGACAAUCAACCAACAGUAACAAUUCAAGUCCUAGAAGGAGAACGUCCAAUGACCAAAGACAACCAUCAACUUGGUAAAUUCGACCUGACUGGAAUUCCACCAGCACCAAGAGGUGUACCACAGAUUGAGGUAACCUUUGAAAUUGAUGUAAAUGGUAUCCUAAAAGUAAGUGCUGAAGACAAAGGUACAGGAAAUAAAAAUAAUAUCGUUAUUCAAAAUGACAAUAACAGAUUAUCUCCCGAUGACAUUGAACGUAUGAUAAACGAUGCUGAAAAAUUUGCAGAUGAAGAUAAGACAGUAAAAGAAAAAGUAGAAGCUAAAAAUGAUAUAGAAAGUUUUACAUACAAUCUUAAAAAUCAAAUAGGUGAUAAAGAAAAAUUGGGAGCCAAAUUAAGUGAUGAUGAUAAGAAAACAAUUGAAGAAGCUGUAGAUGAAAAAAUUAAAUGGUUGGACAGUAAUCCUGAUGCUACAACUGAAGAGCUUAAAGAACAAAAGAAAGCUUUAGAAGAAAUUGUCAAUCCAAUUGUUAGUAAAAUUUACCAAGGGGCUGGAGGUGCUCCACCACCAGGAGGCGAAGGAGGAGAGGGAGGCGAGGAAGAAGGAUCAGAGAAAGACGAAUUAUAAAAGUGACUCAAUUUAGGAUGAUACAUAUUAAUUAUUUAUUAUUAACACUAUUAUUGUGAUAGGGUUCUUUUCGUUUUCCAUCAAAAUCUGGUCUCAAGUUACAAGGUGAAGGUUACAUGUUCAAUCCAAACAUUUACAUGGUUCAUAUAAACAUUUGAAGUGAACAUUGAUUUUCACAAAAUAGUAUUAGCCUUAAAUUUGGCCAAAAAAAACAAUAGUGCUGCUUAGUGCAUAAUUUUCUUCAUUUGAUUUGAAUGAUUUUCAGACCAGACAAAAAGAACUGCAAAAUUUACAGUUCAUUCAAAGAGUAUUCUGUCUAAAAUCACCCUGGCUAGUGUUGGUAAAUCACUGUGAAACCAGGUGAUUGCUGGUCAAUUAGAUUAGAAUAUAGAUUCAGUGCCCAUACUUAGCUUACAAUGAUCUGAUAGCACUGCUGAUACUUUCUGUUCUGAUAAUGAUUUCUGACUCAAAAUUUUAAAGAUUUAAAUUGGUUACCAAACAGAAAGUAGCAUGGAUUAAUGUCAGUUCCUUAUAUAUGAAGUGUGGUCACAUGGUCUGUAUUCCAAUCAAUAAGAUAGCAGGUGAUUUAAGAGAGACUACUUGGAUUAAUAAUCCUGUCGCUUUAAUAUCUUGAAAUAUACUAAGAAGUUUUUAGAAUGAUUUUCCAACUAAAUCACCUUGUAUGUAUUGUAUCAAGGCACUACUGUGUUGUGUAUCUCAUUUUCAUUAUGAGUGGAAGUUUGGCUCAAUACCAGUCUGAGAGUGAUGCAUAAAGUUCAUAUUUUGUUACUCAGUAUGAAUGAUAUAAAUACUUUGUAUAUACAUUAUGUUUAUACAUUUUGUUAGGAAUAGUACAACUAGCAGAUGAGUAAAUGUGUAUAAAUGUGUAUGAUAGUGCAAUAAUUUGUGUGUAAACUUUUGAAGUAGAGAGGUAAAAAUGGUUUUAUGAAUGUAAAUAUAUAUGUAAGUUACAUGAUAUGUUAUGAAUAAAGUUUAUUGUUUGUAAAA